CAAGGAAGACACAAAAUACGCGGUCAUCUUCAAGCUGCGUCACCAAUCGGACGGGUUCAGCGGAUCAUAAAGGAAACAAACAAACAGAUCGCGGCUCAACACACACAAAAACGGGCGGAAGUGCAUCGCGCGUGCAACUUAUUUCGAGAGUGUGAAUCCAUCGUGCAGAACUAAACUGCAGCUGUUCAUAUAGGCGAGCUGCGAAGCACACCGCGUGUGAAAACACAAGCAGUCCGAUCUGUGCAGCGGUCACAGCGAUAAGUGCCGAGUGUUUGGUCUGGCUUAAAACGGUUCGGUGCAAGCGAUUAGAAGGAAGGAAGGAGCAUUCCUUUUCCGUUGGAGCAUCUUUAGCUUCAUUCUUACGUGACAAACCGUAUAUCACACCAUUAAAAUCACACAUCCACGAUGUCCGCCACACCGUCCAGUUCGGCUGUCCGUGCCCUGUCGCUGGAGUACAAAAGCCUGCAGGAAGAGCCGGUCGAGGGCUUCCGCGUGAAGCUACUGAACGAGGAUAAUCUGUUCGAAUGGGAAGUGGCCAUCUUCGGUCCACCGGAUACGCUCUACCAGGGCGGUUACUUCAAGGCGCACAUGAAAUUUCCACCGGACUAUCCAUACUCUCCACCAUCGAUAAGAUUUUUAACAAAGGUCUGGCACCCGAAUGUGUAUGAAAACGGUGAUCUCUGCAUAUCGAUCCUACAUCCACCGGUUGACGAUCCGCAGAGUGGUGAACUACCAUGCGAACGAUGGAACCCGACGCAGAACGUACGAACCAUCCUGCUAUCCGUGAUUUCCUUGCUCAACGAGCCAAACACCUACUCACCAGCAAAUGUCGAUGCGUCCGUCAUGUACCGAAGAUGGCGAGAUUCGCACGGCAAGGACAAUGAAUAUCCAAACAUAAUUAGACGACAAGCGCAAGCUGCCAAGGCUGAAGCCGAAAAGGAAGGCAUCAUCGUACCACUAACGCUAGAAGAGUAUUGCAUCAAGUCGAAAACGAAACCUACCGGUCAGGAGCCUCAGCUCGAUAUGACUGACUUCUACGAUGAUGAUUACGAUCUCGACACGGAGGAUGACGAUAACGCAUCGGUGGAAUCGUACGCCGACGGCGAUGACAGUGGCAACGGUGAAUCCUAACGAGCUUAUCCUCGCAGACGGACGGCAGCAUCAGCGAACGCGGUACAGUAACCAAACCCGUCACACAAACCAUCCCACUAUUGGCGACCAGGCGGAGGCGUGAUGGGAUGGGACACACAUUGUUAGGUUAAGGCUAUGGCGAUUGUUAAAGGCCGGGAAUAUGAUAGUGAUGAGAGCUCCCCUCGCCCCCCCCUCCAUCACCUUCACUCGAUGGGAUGUGGGAGUUGCGUUAUCGAAAGCUCGCCGGAACCCGCCUUGCCACGCUGUGGUGAGAAAUGUUCGUAUUGUUGAUGAGUGCCAGCAGCCCAGAUUGAGCCAGAUCGUCGAGGCAUUGUUUGUCGCUAGGCCACUUUUGUUGUUUUGCCCGCAAUGAGGAAGAAGUGCAUCACCAUCGUCGUCGCCCGCACAGAUGCGAGUGAAGUGGAGAUGGAACCACCGGGAGACUGCCGGGAAAGUAGUAUUUAAAAAAGGAAGAAAACCCACGAGAACUGAAAGCCCUGCUCAAAUCAAUGCAAUCAUCCAUUCGCGCGGUGUGAUUGUAGCUGAAGAAAGAGAGAAGCUUCGAACGCAUAUCUCUUGCGUAUGAAAUUAUGUAUUGAGUGAUAGUGUUGUUUUUUGUUUUAAAUUAUGCUUCUGCAUGCGUGGAAAAGAACCGGGAAAAGAUUGGAACAGGCAGAACGAAUCGAGAUUAUGAAUGGAUGGAAAGAUCGUCUACAGGCAACAGACACACGGAUCGCGUAAAGCUAAAUUUUUGUUGUAAACAUUAGCCUUAAUAAUGCGAACCUCUCCCCCAUUAAAGAAAAGGAAUAAAUAUUUACCUAUAGAUUU